AUGGAGGAGGAUUCUCAAGAUAACGACGUUAGUCUUGGUGUGUAUCAUGGAGGCAUUCUGAUCUACCGUAACAGACUCAGAUUGCAACGCUUCUCUUGGCCAAGCAUCCUGACGCUACGUAUUAAGAAGCGAGAAUUCCGCCUUACUGCCCGGCCUGAUGAAGGAGAGACUUUUACCCGACAACUUCUGUUCAAAUGUCCCUCAGAAGCGCUUACAAUGCGCCUGUUUCGCGCCUGUUUCGACCAUCAUCAGUUCUUCAGGUAA